AUGGCCGGGCUAGCAUUCUACAAUGGUGAACAAGGUACCGGCAUAUAUAGACUUAACAACACAAUCAACGCCUUGAGAUAUAUGGUCAGGUGGAUUUGCACUACUCUCGGAACGAGAACUACUGAUGUGGCGCAGAUUUUGGGUGGUACCAUUCGUGGAGCGCACAAACGUAGUAUCGUCAAUACACCUCCCGAAUUCCGAAGUAUAUCUGGACCACAUGAGCUUCGGAGUGUCGUUUCAAUUGUUCAGAAGUUGAGGGGUGAUGGUGCAGCAAUUUGCUCGUGUGAGAUUUGUGACAGACAUGGCGAAUACGAGCAGCAAGCGUAUAUAAAGAGGUAUUACUGCUUCAAAAAUGGCAGUGUAGCAAUCGAUCAAGUCUCUUCGGCAGUAGAAAUGGCCUCCUUAAUCUUCUUCGGCAUUUUCCUUGGUCUUGUAGCCGAAACAUCUGCAGGUCGAAACCAUCGUGCGCUCAACAGCGGCGAGUUUUCUCUCGCUCUAUCCGCUCAAGGAUACCCCAGUCUCUCCUUAAAUGCCGUGCCUGGACCACAGGCUGAUACCCUCUCGCUCAUCUUUGAACGUCAAGCAGCAUAUCCUGGAACUCCCUGUUACACGAAUUCCACAUAUCUCGACUUUGAUGUCGGAGACACACAACCUUUCGCCAUGUACGUUCCUCAAGUAGGUGAUGAUUAUGGGCUGGCGGUACCAGUUCUUGCGAAUCUUGGACAGAAGAAUGGUAGAGCGGGUUUUGUCCUGGCUGGUGGACAGUUGGCACCCCCGCUGGAUAGUGGAGUAGAAAACUUUUUUGCUUGCAACGGAACUGUCAACGGAGAGGAUGCUUUGGUGUUGAAUUUUGGGGUGUUCAAUAGUGAUGGAACUUCUCCGACAGGGUGUGUAGCGGCAACACUCAUUCAGAAUGAUAACGUAGAUAAUUAG